UUUGUGUGGGGGUCAGUCGCCAACAGCAUGGACGUGGGCAUCCUACUCGCGGCUUUAUCAUCGAUAUGCACGGCAACAGCUUCGAUAAGCGAGACGAAGUUUGUUAAGCGGCGUUCUCAAACUAACCCUCCAGUGUUUCAGGACAAAUCGUUUGCGUUUAGCUGCGUUGGGAGAUGCGCCUCUUCAAGCACCUGUCGGGCCACCAAUGUUCUUUUUGCAGACAAGAAAUGCUACUACUAUACAUCGGAAGAACUAGAACGUAUGACUGACUUCAAGGACGUCCUGUAUCAGAAGGUCUUGAGUAACGUGGAGCAGACGACAGAGAUGUAUCCUCCAGUUCCUGAGUGUCAGAAUGGAGGAAAGUGGUCAGAUUCCACUAAAACAUCCUGUGAAUGUCCAGUCAGCUUCACUGGAACAUAUUGCGAACGCUACUGGGAUGAUUGCUCAGAGGGAUACAGGAUGAAUAUACUCACCGAUGGAGUUUACACGAUUCAACCAAGACCGUACGGGACGCCUUUUGAAGUCUACUGUUACAUGGUAUACGGUGGACGUACAUCCGUCCAGAAGCAGUCGUCCGGCAUCAACUUUACCAGGAACUGGCAGGAUUACACAGACGGGUUCGGAACGCCCGGGGGAGAUCACUGGUUGGGUUUGGAGAAAAUAAAAGCCAUUAGUGAUAAAACUCCGAGCAAAUUCGUUAUUCGGUUUGCAUAUAUAAAUCAACCAACAUGGAAACAGAUCAUUUGCAACAAUUUUAGUCUAUCGGAUGCUGUGAGUGGUUUCAGGAUUAAUUUCACAAGCACCUCAACCCCUGAGAGAGCUGAGAAUAGAUUCAACGACGUCAUGACUGCUCUGAGAGGAGCCAGGUUCAGCACCUACGAUAGGGACAAUGAUGAAAACGCAGCUGAAAGCUGCUCUCAGACACAUAAAUCUGGUUGGUGGUUCAGAGACUGUGCUCUGUGUAACCCUAACGGUAAACUGAAAAUGGCCACUGAUCUGGAUGGCAUUUUCUGGGAAGGCGAUUCAAGGGGUGUGAAAGAGACAGCUAUUUAUCUAGGUGGAUAUGUGAGUGUGUGAGUUUUACGCCGCUUUUAGCAUUAUCACGACUGGGGACGCCAGA